GGUUUUCUUGCCACAUUUUGCUCAUGAUACCCUAGAGCUGAGUCAGUAAGUACACCCAUUUGCUUCACUGCUAUUCAAGCUAGCUAGCCAACAGCACCUAAGGUUCAGUAGCAUUAGCAGUUAAUUUAGCUACAAGUAAAGAAAUCUGGCCAUGACUCAGUAAAUCAUAAUGGAAACAUAUUCCCUGUCAUCAAACUAACAAAAAUAAAAUUUAAAAAUUACGACAUGACACGAAAAAAUAUGAUCAGGGCAUCUCUAACUUAGGUAGGAAAGAAAAUCGGAUAUUUUGUUGAUUAUACUACACUUUUACCUAUAUAGGAUUUCAAAUACAGACCAUUUACAUGCAAUUAAGUAUUUUAACAUUCAUUUAUUUACUUAAGUAAAUUUACUUUAGUAAUAUGUAUAAUGUUAUGUUAUGAUCAUCUAUGAAUGGGUUAUAUGAGUGAAUAAGAAAACAGUAAGUUGUUAUAUAAAGCACUCAUCUAAAAGAGGAAACAUUAACUACUUCCCAAAAAUUCCCUGCAGAAAAACACAUGUCAAUCAGACAAAAGCAGAAGCUUUGCCUGGUUGAUGAUGUCGUGUUCAUGAAAAACAGACUUGUCCAUUUAAUCUCCCAACAGUCAAGAUGUUCCUGUGUGAGUUGCUGGCUCUGGUGGCUUUACUCCCUAUGACUUCAAGCACCAAUCCUGGGGUACAGGUUAAACUAACAGAAAAAGGCAUUGAAUAUGGCAGACAAUUGGGGAUGGCUUCAAUUCUGCAGAAACUGAAAACCAUCAAAGUUCCAGAUAUUUCAGGGACACAGAAGGUGUCUCCCAUUGGCAAGGUCCAGUACAGCCUGACAAAUUUGCAUAUAGUGGAUGUGGGAUUACCAAAGUCUAUGGUGGAUCUGGUGCCAGGGACUGGUGUCAGAUUAUCCAUUGGUAACGCCUUCAUUAAUCUGCAAGGGAACUGGAGGGUCAAGUACCUUCGAAUAAUAAAGGACAGCGGCUCUUUUGACUUGAAUGUCAAUGACCUCACUAUCACUACAAGUGUUGCCAUUAAGAGUGAUGAGACAGGUCGACCUUCGGUCAGCAGUGUCAACUGUGCUGCCACUGUCGGCAGUGCAAGCAUCAAAUUCCAUGGUGGAGCCAGCUGGCUGUACAAUCUCUUCAAAUCCUUCGUUGAUAAGGCUUUACGAAAUGCAAUGCAGAAACAGAUCUGCCCUCUGGUGGGCGAAGCAGUAACUGACUUGAACCCUCACUUGAAAACUCUCAAUGUUUUAGCCAAGGUGGAUCAGUAUGCUGAGAUUGAAUAUUCCAUGGUGUCAUCACCCACAGUUUCAAACUCAUCAAUAGACUUCAGCCUAAAGGGGGAAUUUUACAACAUCGGGAAGCAUCAGGAGCCUCCGUUCUCCCCCACAGCCUUUUCUAUGCCGCCCCAGAUCAACAACAUGUUGUACAUAGGCAUGUCAGCCUUCACCGCCAACUCUGCAGCUUUCGUCUACAACACAGCUGGAGCCCUCAGCCUCUACAUCACUGAUGAUAUGAUCCCACACAGCUCUCCUCUCCGACUCAACACCAGAACGUUCGGAACCUUCAUCCCACAGAUUGCAAAGCUUUAUCCAGGUCUGAUGAUGAAAUUGCUGGUGAAGACGGUGAAGAAUCCCAUCAUCACUUUUCAGCCCAACAACCUGACAGUUCAGGCCCUAUGCACAGUGACGGCCUAUGCUAUUCAGCCAAACGCCACACUUUCCCCUCUCUUUGUCCUAAACUUGGAGACUAGUGUCAGUGCCCGGGUGUUUGUCAGUGGAAUGAGGCUGGCUGGAGCUGUCACCCUAAACAAAAUGGAUUUGACCCUGGGGACAAGUUAUGUGGGAGAGUUUCAGGUCAGAUCCCUUGACAACAUCUUCCAAAUGGUUCUCAAAGUGGUUGUGAUACCUAAACUGAAUGUUCAACUUGCAAAGGGAUACCCACUUCCUACACUUGGAAAGAUGAAGCUUGUGAACACUGAUCUUCAGGUCCUGAAGGACCAUGUGCUGAUUGGGACAGAUGUCCAGUUCACGGGUUGAAUGGCGUUUGUGGAAUCUCUCACAAUGAAUUAUUGCAUUGUGGAAUGCUGUCAUGAAGACACAGCGACACAGAGUUCAACUAUCUGAGAGAAAAUGUAAAAGAAAAAAACAAAUGAUGUACCUAUAUUACUUAUCCUAAGUCUUUGAGGAAUUCAGAAAUGAUGUUUACAUUUGGAUAUCACCUCAGAUUUUUUAUCUUUUUUUUUUUUAAAUGUGAACUCAGAUCAGUCUUCCACAUAUAAGGUGUAGAAGUGAACUUUUACCAGGGUCACUGUAGUCUUGUCACAAAAGGACUCUGUCUGCAGGAGAGGGUUUCCUGUCUUCAUAAUGAUGUUUCUUUAAAUAACCUAAGCCAUUUAUGAGCAGAAAGCUGCUUGGUUUUUCAUGACUGAUUAUUUUUACCUUGCCCUUUUUAUGAGUGGAGUUUGUUUGUUGAUUCAAUUUCAUUUUAUUUAAGGUAUGCCUGCAUCUGACCCUUACUAGAUUAUUUAGGGCAAUAGCAAUAAUAAAGAAACUAUAAGCAACUUUCAGAUUGUUUUGAUUUUGGUGGCCACUGCGAACAAAAACGGUAAUGUUUCCAUGAGCACCAUAAGCAGCCUUGUAUUGUAAAGAUCUUGGUCUGGUUAGUGUGUGCAUUCAAUUUAGAAGCAACUGAAAGAUGCAACCUAUUUUCAAUACUAAUUUUCUUUUUUAAACACAACUAUUUAGAAGAUACAUGUAAGUAAGUGUAAUAUGACGAUGUCCAAUAUCUAAGAAGCUGAUUGAGAAAAUGCAGUUUCGGGAUUCACAAUUGGUUAUUUAUUCAUACUGACAGUGAGUGGGACAAUUUUCAGUCCAAAAAUAAGCAGUGCUCUCUUAUGGAAAUGCUACGUCUGUAUCAGUGACAAUGUUUCUUAAAAAAUUCUUUGAUAUUUCUGUACUGCAACUUUCUUGUUAUUUAGCCAAUCAUAUUAUAUCUGUAAUAUACAAAUAUCUACUGAUAAUAUCAGCCGUAUAAGCAAUGCUCUAUUCUGAUAAUAUCAGUA